CUCCCCCGGUUCCUCCCUCCCCUCCUCCUCCUCCCGCUCUCCCCAUGCUGCUCCCCCUGCUACCUGCGCUGGUCGGCGGCGGCUGAGGCCAGCGAUGCGAGGCGGAGGUGGAGGAGGCGGAGGUGAGGAGGAGAGGAGCCGCGGGAGCAGGAGGAGCAUCGGGAUCCCCAUCACCAUCCUCAUCUUCAUCACCAUCAUCCAUGUGUCUCUCUCGUCCUGCUGACUAGGAUGUCAACGGAGGACAAGAGCCUGGUGGUGGCGGUGGCGGAGCCGCCUCAGCAGCAGCAACCCCCCGAGCCUGCAGCUCCCCCCCCAGCAGCAGCGGCAGCAGCCACAGACAAAAGACCAAGGGGCCGGCCUCGCAAAGAUGGCGCUUCCCCUUUCCAGAGAGCCAGAAAGAAGCCUCGGAGUAGAGGAAAAACUGCAGUGGAGGAUGAAGACAGUAUGGAUGGUUUGGAGGCAGCAGAAACAGAAAACACUGUGGAAACAGAAGUCAAAGAGCAAUCUGCAGAAGAGGAUGCCCAGGUGGAAGUGGACAGCACCAAGCAGCUAACACCAGUCCUUCAGCGCUCAGUAUCCGAGGAGUCUGCAAGCUCCACUGCCUCCGUUGGUGUCGAAGCUAAAACCAGCGAACAGCUCUGCGCCUUUUGUUACUGUGGUGAACGAAGCUCAUUAGGACAAGGAGACUUAAAACAAUUCAGCCCAACUCCUGGGUACGUCAUCCCAUGGAAGAACCAGCCUUUAAACAAGAGCGACGCCAGCGACAGCGCGGAUGGAGCUUGUGAGAGGACUCCAAAGCAAAACUCAGUGCCGCGCAAACAGAGAGGGCAGAAGAAAUCUCGAUUAAGUACAUCAUGUACGAGUGUCAGCACCCAAACUGCUUCUGACGAUCAGGUUGUCAAAUUCUGGGAUGAACUCAGUUUAGUUGGCUUACCAGAUGACAUUGAUGUUCAAGCCUUAUUUGAGCCAACAGGUCAUUGCUGGGCUCAUCAACGCUGUGCAGAGUGGUCAUUGGGAGUCUGCCAGACUGAAGAGCAGCUAUCAGUGAACGUGGACAAAGCUGUUGUCUCAGGGAGCACAGAACGAUGUGCAUAUUGUAAGCACCUUGGAGCCACUAUCAAAUGCUGUGAAGAGAAAUGUACCCAGAUGUACCAUUACCCCUGUGCUGCUGGAGCAGGCACAUUUCAGGAUUUCAGUAACUUGUCCCUCCUUUGUCCAGACCAUAUUGAUCAGGCUCCUGAAAGAUCAAAAGAAGAAGCAAAUUGUGCAGUGUGUGACAGCCCUGGAGACCUCUUAGAUCAACUUUUUUGUACGACCUGUGGCCAGCACUACCAUGGGAUGUGCCUAGACAUACAAGUUACACCUUUAAAACGAGCAGGUUGGCAGUGUCCUGAUUGCAAGGUGUGCCAGAACUGCAAACAUUCUGGGGAAGACAACAAGAUGCUGGUGUGCGAUACAUGUGACAAAGGGUACCAUACUUUCUGUCUACAACCAGUUAUGGACUCUGUACCAACAAAUGGUUGGAAAUGUAAAAACUGUAGAGUAUGUGCUGAGUGUGGAACACGAACAAGUUGUCAGUGGCACCAUAAUUGUUUGGUAUGUGACAGUUGUUACCAACAACAAGACAACUUAUCAUGUCCUUUCUGUGACAAACUGUGCCUCCAAGACUUCCAGAAAGAUAUGUUGCACUGUCAUAUGUGCAAAAGGUGGAUUCACAUAGAAUGUGACAGAUCUCCAGGUAUUGAAUUGGAGUCUCAGCUGAAAGACUACAUCUGUACUCUUUGUAAACAAGGAGAAGGGGAUCAGACUCAGUCUUGUGAUGUAAUGGAUACUUCUGAACUCAUUCCUGAACCUGACAGCAUAGCAGCUUGUACAAAUGAAAUGGAAAUGGAAAGUGGUGGAGAGGAUGUGGCAUUUCAGGAACAACUCGUCAUUGGUAAUGGCUCUGGUCAAGAAUCAGCUGUUGGAUGUGUCACAGAUGUUACAGGCAUAUCACCAGAAGAAAAGACCACAGAACUGGAAACGGAAGUCUCUAAUGAAGUUAAUUCUGCUGAAAUGGAAAUGUCUCCUAAAAAGACACCAGCAUCUGGUGACAGUCAUACUGAGAAAAUGAUGGAAGUGAUGGAAGGUGUUCAAGCAGUAGCACAGCAGGAGUUAGACAAACAAGUGGAAGAGACACAGGGUAGUGCUGAGGUAUCAGAAGUAGCCACGGUAGACUCUCGGUCUCUGUCUUCAGUACCUGAGACCAUAACUGUGAUGCCAGAAAUAGAAGGGGCUGAAAGCAAAGGAGGUGUUUGUAUACACGCAGAGCAACAACUGGAAAUAAUAAAAGUGCAAAAAGAGGUAGAAAAAGGAGAAACCCUUGAAAAGUCAGAUACACCAGCUCUUCUAGAAGCAGAAACUGCUUCUGUAAAUGAAGGUGUUACAAACAGUUCACCAGUUGCAGACAAACCCAUAAAAUCACCAGCUGAGACUUACCCCUCACUUCCUCCAUCAGUUAACAUAAGCAAGGCAAAUGUGUCUUCCUCACUGGACCUGCAUUCUACACGAGAAGUUCAGCACGCUCAGCAGCCAGCACUGCCUUCCACUGCUGGAAGUGCUCUCCCAACGACUUACAUAUCAGUCACUCCAAAAAUAGGCAUGGGGAAACCAGCCAUCACCAAAAGGAAAUUUUCUCCUGGAAGACCUAGGUCAAGACAGGGGGCUUGGAGUACCAAUAAUACAGUCAGCCCACCUUCCUGGUCCCCAGACAUUUCAGAAGGUCGGGACAUUUUUAAAUCCAGACAGCUUCCUGGCAGUGCCAUUUGGAGCAUCAAAGUGGGCCGUGGAUCAGGAUUCCCAGGGAAGAGGAGGCCACGUGGUGCAGGUCUGUCAGGACGAGGUGGCAGAGGCAGAUCAAAACUGAAAAAUGGAGUUGGGGCUGUAGUCAUUCCAGGGGUCACAACUAUGGACAUUUCAUCUAACAAAGAUGAAGAAGAAAACUCGAUGCAUAAUACAGUUGUCCUGUUCUCCAACAGUGACAAAUUCACUCUCCAUCAGGAUAUGUGUGUAGUGUGUGGGAGUUUUGGCCAAGGUGCUGAGGGCAGAUUGCUUGCCUGUUCUCAAUGCGGUCAGUGUUACCAUCCAUACUGUGUCAGUAUUAAGAUUACUAAAGUGGUGCUUAGUAAAGGCUGGAGGUGCCUGGAGUGCACGGUAUGUGAAGCCUGUGGGAAAGCUACAGACCCAGGAAGGCUGCUUCUCUGUGAUGACUGCGACAUCAGUUACCACACUUACUGCUUGGAUCCACCCCUGCAGACUGUUCCAAAAGGAGGCUGGAAGUGCAAAUGGUGUGUCUGGUGCAGACACUGUGGAGCAACUUCACCAGGUUUAAGAUGCGAAUGGCAAAACAAUUACACGCAGUGUGCUCCCUGUGCAAGUUUGUCAACCUGCCCAAUCUGUUACCGCACUUACAGGGAUGAAGAGCUUAUAAUUCAGUGUAGACAAUGCGAUCGAUGGAUGCAUGCAAUCUGUCAGAACUUAAACACAGAGGAGGAAGUGGAAAACAUAGCUGAUAUGGGUUUUGACUGUACCAUUUGUAGGCCAUACAUACCACCAACAAACGUGCCUUCUUUGGACUGUUGUGAUUCAUCAGUUGGAGCUCAGAUUAUUUCAAAAUCAAAAGAACUAGACCCACCGAAGACAUACACACAGGAUGGAGUCUGCUUGACAGAAUCCGGCAUGUCUCAGUUACAGAGCCUAACAGUCACAGUACCUAGAAGAAAACGGACGAAACCAAAGCUUAAAUUGAAGAUUAUAAAUCAGAACAGUGUGGCUGUGCUUCAGACACCCCCAGAUGCCCAGUCAGAACACUCAAGAGAUGGCGAGAUGGAUGACAGUAGAGAGGGUGAUCUUAUGGAUUGCGAUGGGAAAUCCGAUUCCAGCCCAGAACGGGAAGCUGUGGAUGAUGAUACCAAAGUGGCAGAAGGAGCUGAUGGGAUUAAAAAAAGAAAGCGAAAACCAUACAGACCUGGUAUUGGUGGAUUUAUGGUACGUCAAAGAAGUCGUACAGGGCAGGGGAAGACUAAAAGAUCUCUCUCUAGGAAAGAUUCUUCUGGAUCUGUUUCUGAGCAGUUGCCUGGCAGAGAUGAGGGCUGGACAGAGCAGUUGCCUGACACUCCAGUUGAGGAGUCUACUCCAGCUUCUGAAAGUACUGAGAAAAUAAAAAAACGUUACAGGAAAAAGAAGAAUAAACUUGAAGAAACUUUUCCUGCCUAUUUGCAGGAAGCUUUCUUUGGCAAAGAUCUACUAGAUACUAGUAGACAAAACAAGAUGAGCCUUGAUAAUUUACCUGAAGAAUCACUUCCACUCUCAUGUAAAGCAAAUUUGGCCACGAGUUUCCUGGAUCCUUCAUCUGACCCUCUUCUUAGCUCAACCUCCACUCCAGCUCAGGCGAAACUGGGACCUCAAGGCAGCACCGAUGACCCCUUAGCUGAUCUUUCUGAAGUCUUAAAUACCGAUGAUGAUAUUCUUGGAAUCCUUUCUGAUGAUUUGGUAAAGUCUGGAGAUCAUUCAGCUGGACUGGAUAUUGGUCCCAUCUCUGAUGAUCCUUCUUCUCUGCCUCAGCCAAAUGUCAACCCAACUUCACGGCCACUGAGUGAAGAACAAUUGGAUGGAAUCCUCAGUCCAGAACUAGACAAAAUGGUCACAGAUGGUGCUAUUCUUGGCAAAUUGUACAAAAUCCCAGAGCUGGGAGGAAAAGAUGUCGAAGAUCUGUUCACAGCUGUUCUAAGUCCAGCAACCACACAGACAGCUCCUUUGCCACAGCCUCCACCUCCACCACAGCUUAUGUCUUUGCACAGUCAGGGAGAGAGUGUGUUUCCAAGAGUGCCACUUAUGAAUGGUCUGAUUGGCCCUAACCCUCAUCUCCCUCAUACAACUCUGACUCCUGGAGGUGCCCUGGGCACUUUCUCUCCCAUAACACAACAACCAUAUACUGAUACCAGGGAUAAGAAUCCAGCAUACAAUCCAAUGGUAAGUGAUCCAAACAGCUCAUGGGCACCAUCUGCUCCACCUUUGGAAGGUGAAGGUGAUACAAUGUCCAAUGCUCAAAGAAGCACUCUUAAGUGGGAAAAAGAAGAAGCAUUGGGUGAAAUGGCGACAGUGGCACCUGUUCUCUAUACAAAUAUUAACUUCCCUAAUCUAAAGGAAGAAUUCCCAGACUGGGCUACAAGAGUGAAGCAGAUUGCUAAAUUGUGGAGGAAAGCAAGCUCGCAGGAGAGAGCUCCAUAUGUGCAAAAAGCCAGAGAUAAUAGAGCUGCUUUGCGCAUCAAUAAAGUACAGAUGUCAAAUGACUCCAUGAAAAGGCAACAGCAACAGGAUAGCAUUGAUCCCAGCUCACGUAUUGACUCCGACCUCUUUAAAGAUCCAUUAAAACAGAGGGAAUCGGAACAUGAGCAGGAGUGGAAAUUCAGACAGCAAAUGCGUCAAAAAAGUAAGCAGCAAGCCAAAAUAGAAGCCACACAGAAGCUUGAACAAGUGAAAAAUGAGCAGCAGCAACAGCAGCAGCAGCAGCAACAGCAGCAGUUUGGUUCACAACAGCUUCUGAACCAGUCUGGCUCAGACACACCCAGCAGUGGGAUCCAGAGCCCCCUAACACCUCAGGCUGGCAGUGGCAGCAUGUCUCCUGCACAGCAGACAUUCCAUAAGGAUCUAUUUGCAAAGCAGCAGCUACCUGCUACACCUACUUCAGCAUCAUCAGAUGAUGUGUUCCUCAAACCACAAGCACCACCCCCUACUCCAACCCGAAUCCCGGUACAUGAUUCACUGUCUCAGUCUCAGACUCCUCAAACGUCAUCACAACAGAUGUUUUCUCCAGGUUCCACAAACACAAGACCACCUUCCCCAAUGGAUCCAUACGCUAAGAUGGUAGGAACACCUAGACCAGCACCUAGUAAUCAGAACUUUGUUAGAAGAGGUAGCAUUGCACCGUUGGAUACCUGUGCACCACAGUCAUCUAUAUCCAGGCCUGUUCAGGCAACUGAACCUUCGGGAAGCAGGCCUUCACCAGUCAGGGAUUCAUGUUCUUCAUCUCCAAGUAGCAGCGAUCCCUAUGCAAAGCCACCAGACACACCCAGGCCUGUUAUGACCUCAGAUCAGUUCUCCAAACCACUGGGGGUCCCAAGAUCACCCAUGGUUAUGGAUCAGUCAGGGAAAGUUCCUUUAGCAGCUGGAAGCAGUGAUCCGUUCACUAAGCCAGCUCCUAGAACUGAUACAUUUCAGAGACAGAGAGUAACUUCUGCUGAUGCAUAUGCACGGCCACCAUUGACUCCUACUCCUACUCCUGUUGAUGGGAGCCCUGGACACUUUAAAACUCCCAUGCGCCCGCCUCAGUCCCCACAAGAUCCCUAUGCAUCAAUGCCAGGUACACCAAGGCGCGUUGCUGUUGAUCCGUAUGAAAGGCCUGCACUGACACCAAGGCCAGUGGAUAACUUCUCCCAUAAUCAGUCUAACGAUCCAUACAGCCAGCCUCCUCUUACUCCUCAUCCAGCAAUAAAGGAAUCUUUUGCCCAUCCACCCCGGAUCGUGCGGCAACAGAGUGAGUCUUUCCCUCAGUCUGGACCCAUUUCAAGGCCAGCUUCUCAGGACCCUUACUCCCAGCCUCCAGGUACUCCUCGGCCAGUUGCUGAUCCUUAUGCCCAACCUCCAGGAACUCCUCGUCCCGCCACAGUUGAUCCAUAUAUGCAGCAACCACCCACACCAAGACCUGCACAGCCAGCAGAUUUGUUUGCUCAAUCCCCAACAAAUCAGAGACAUUCUGAUCCAUACGCUCAACCUCCUGGAACACCAAGGCCAGUUCUGAACGAUCCUUAUUCUCAGCAACCAGCAACUCCAAGACCAGGAAUACCAGAGAGUUUUAACAGACCUGCAAUGACAAGACCAGGUUUAAUACCAAAUAGAGAUCCUUUCCUGCAGACAUCACAGAACAGGUUGCAGGGCACUUUUGUCAGGCCGUCAGACCCGUGUUCUCAAACUCCCAGACCAGCAGGACCUGCAAUAACAGAUACAUUUAACCACGGUCCUUCUGCUCCAGCACGUGAUCUUUAUGAUCAACCACCCAUGACUCCAAGACCUCAGCCAGAAUCUUUUGGAACUGGUCAACUAGCCCACGAUGCUGCUGAACAGUCACGGCCUGGAGCUGAGGGCAACUUCAGUGCAUCUGCAAAUUCUCCAAUGAGUUCUCAAGGACAGCAGUUCCCCAAAGUUUCACAAGGUCCUGGCCCAGCACCCACUACAGGAGUAACGGAUACACAGAAUACCAUGAAUAUGUCUCAAGCAGACACUGAGAAAUUACGACAGCGACAGAAAUUACGUGAAAUUAUUCUACAGCAGCAGCAGCAGAAGAAGAAUGCAGUUCGUCAGGAAAAAGCCUUACAGGAUCCAGCAGCUCCUCCCCAUGCAACUCCUCUCCAGCACUGGCAGCAAGACAACUUAAAUCAGAUUUUUAACCGCCCUCCUCCUCCGUAUCCUGGGAAUAUUAGAUCCUCUGUUGUCCCUCCAGGUGGGCCAAGGUUCACGGUAUACUCAAAGGAUCAACGUGGGCCAUUUCCUGGUGAUGGGCAGUUCAGUAGACCCCAGUUUCCAGGAGAUAUGAGCACCAUGGGAAUGAGACCUCAUGGUCUUAGGUUUGGGUUUCCAGGAGGUGGCCAUGGUCCACCAUCAGGCCAGGAACGUUUUCUCAGUCCUCAGCAGGCAAUGCAACGUGCUGGAGUUCCACCACAAUUGAGAAGAUCUCUGUCUAUUGAUAUGCCUCGGCCAGUGAGCAAUCCACAAAUAAACAGUGCAUCGGGGAUCCCUCAGCAUUUUCCUCCGCAGGGAAUUCAGGUUCAGCAGCACAAUAUUUUGGGUCAGGCAUUUAUCGAGUUGCGUCACAGGGCUCCUGAUGGGAGGCCAAGGCUGCCUUUUAAUCCUUCUGCACCAAACAUUAUGGAUCCAGCAGUGCAGCAUCAGCGACACGCAGGGUUUAUACCCAGGCAGGAAUUUCCAGGACCCAGACAGGCAGAACCACUGAGACAUAAUUCUCAAGGUAUGCCUAACCAGUUGCAGAUGUCUGCAGGAUUGGAGCAUAUGUCACAACCCCAGCAGGAUCAAAUCAACCCUGACAACCCAUCCGCACUUGUAAUACGUUCUCUAAGCAAUCCACCAGUAGCUGAUGCUUUCCCAGGACCGUCUUUGCCUGCAGCUGCACCGAGUGAUGAAUCAGCAAAUAUGCAGAUUCCCAACCAGUCAAGUGAUGGUCUGGAAGAAAAGCUUGAUCCUGAUGAUCCAGCUGUGAAAGAUUUGGAUGUGAAAGACCUUGAUGGGGUUGAAGUCAAGGAUUUGGAUGAUGAAGAUCUUGAAAAUUUGAAUCUAGACACAGAGGAUGGAAAAGGGGAUGAGCUGGACACUUUAGAUAACUUGGAAACCAAUGAUCCUCACCUUGAUGACCUUCUAAGAUCUGGGGAAUUUGAUAUAAUUGCAUACACAGACCCAGACCUUGAUGUGGGGGAUAAGAAAGGAAUGUUUAAUGAAGAACUAGAUCUUAGUGUCCCCAUUGAUGUCAAGCUGGAUAUCCAGGGCAAGACAGAAGAAACAAAAGAGGAGCAAGGGGAUAGAACUGUUGCUCAUCCUGAGACCCUGUCUUCGCCAAAGAAAUCUACUGCAGAAAAUGAAAUUAAAACAGAAAUACUUUCCCCAAACACUCAUGAGGAAAAGAAGAAUGAAAAUGAAAGAAAUGAUGGAAAUGCAGAAUCAACAAGUACUCAACAGGCUACUGAAACAGAGUUAAAAGAUGGAGAAAAGGCUCCUGCGCAGCCUGCUAACCUAGAAUUCCCUGACAAAACUACUGCUGUUUCCAGUCAGGAAACAACUGUGCCUAGUCCAGAUACUCAGGGAUCUGCUCCAGUGCCUGUUCAAGGAGCAGUAAGUUCCUGCAGUAUUUCUGGGUCCACACCAGUCCUCUCGAGUUUGCUAGCUAAUGAAAGCUCAGAUAACACCGAGGCAUCUCCCUCGCAGUCUUUGCCAACGUCUCAACUGAACCAUGCAUCGGGUAUUCCUCAAACACUGCUGACACCUGGUGGGCAGAUCUUGGAAAACACUUUAAAUUCCAAUUUGACCAUAGUUCCACGAAUAAACCAUAAUUUUUCUCAAGGGUCACCAAACCCAGGAUUUAUUCAGGGUCAGUCAGCUAAUCAUAACUUUGGGACAGGACAGGCAUCUAAUCAAACUGUGGCUGUAACAAGCCGUCCUGGCCCGAGUGGCAUAUCUGGUCCCCAACAGAUAAUGCUCCCUCAGCCAUUAGCUCAGCAACAAAAUCGAGAGAGACCAUUACUGCUAGAGGAACAGCCACUUCUUCUGCAGGAUCUUUUGGAUCAGGAAAGGCAGGAGCAGCAGCAGCAGCGGCAGAUGCAAGCCAUGAUUCGCCAACGUUCAGAGCCAUUCUUCCCUAAUAUUGACUUUGAUGCAAUUACUGAUCCUAUAAUGAAAGCAAAAAUGGUAGCCCUCAAGGGGAUCAAUAAAGUCAUGGCUCAGAGUAACAUGGGGAUGCCACCAAUGGUUAUGAACAGGUUUCCUUUCAUGGGUCAGCCAGUGCCUGGGGCUCAGGCCAACGAAGGCCAAAACCACAUGCAGCAGGCCAUUACACAGGAUGGAAGUUUGACACCUCAGAUUUCUAGACCUAAUCCUCCUAAUUUUGGUCCUGGUUUUGUCAAUGAUUCACAAAGAAAGCAGUACGAGGAAUGGCUGCAAGAAACGCAACAGCUUCUUCAAAUGCAACAGAAGUACCUUGAGGAGCAAAUUGGAGCACACAGGAAAUCAAAAAAAGCACUCUCAGCAAAACAGCGUACGGCCAAAAAAGCUGGCCGUGAGUUCCCAGAAGAGGAUGCAGAACAGCUUAAGCACGUUACAGAGCAGCAAAGUAUGGUCCAAAAACAGCUUGAACAGAUUCGAAAGCAACAGAAAGAACAUGCAGAACUAAUUGAGGAAUAUCGGAUCAAGCAGCAGCAGCAGCAGCAGCAGUGUGGGAUGGCACCCCAUGCUAUAAUGCCUGGAGUCCAGGCUCACCCACCAAUGGUUCCAGCAGGAACAUCACCAGCAAUGAAUCAGCAAAACUUCCCCAUGGUGGCACAACAGCUCCAGCAUCAGCAGCAUCCCGUGGUGAUCCCUGGGCAGUCCAACCCUACCAGAAUGCCCAGUAUUUCUGGAUGGCAGUCUACAAAUCCCCCUGCAGGUCACAUUUCCAUGAACCCAGCAAGGAUGCAGCCUCCAAUGACACCGCUGCCAAUUACUCCUGCUACAGCAGCUCCUGUGCCUGGUCCAAAUGCAACUGCACAGUCAGGACCACCACCCAGGGUUGAGUUUGAUGACAAUAACCCUUUUAGUGAAAGUUUCCAAGAGCGGGAAAGAAAGGAACGUUUACGGGAACAGCAGGAACGGCAGCGCAUCCAGCUUAUGCAGGAGGUGGACCGACAGAGGGCUUUACAGCAGAGGAUGGAACUGGAGCAGCACGGUAUGAUAGGGUCUGAAUUAAAUAACAGAGCAUCCUUGUCUCAGAUACCCUUCUUUAACUCCGAUCUACCUUGUGAUUUCAUACAAACUCCACGUCCUCUUCAGCAGUCUCCACAGCAUCAACAGCAGCAAAUGGGACAGUUGCUGCAACAAGGUCCUGUGAACUCACCUCCUGCCACAAAUUUCAUGCAAAGCAAUGAGCGGAGACCAGUAGGACCUACGACUUUUGGACCUGAUGCGUCCGCUGUUCCAGGUGGAUCCUCUAAUUUCCAUAAUGUAAAACAAACCCAUGGGAAUCUUCCUGGGGCCACCUUUACACAGAACCAGGUCAGGCCUCCAUUUGCUCCUGCUGUACCUUCAUCUGCAGUUCCUUCAUCUGCAGCACUGAGCAGUGGUGCCCCGUGUGGUUCGGACACAAAUGUGCCCCAGGGAGCAAACUUCCCUGGGUCGAGCCAGUCCCUCAUACAGCUGUAUUCUGACAUAAUUCCAGAAGAGAAAGGAAAAAAGAAAAGGACACGAAAAAAGAAGAAGGAUGAUGAUGCUGAGUCAAUAAAAGCCCCAUCGACUCCACAUUCGGAUAUAACUGCACCAUCAACUCCAACUGUUUCUGAUUCUACCUCUACCCCCACAGUUAACACCCCCAGUGAACUGCCUCGUCAUCAAGAUGAGCAGGAGUCAGUGGAGGUAACAGGUCCAUCAGUACCUAAUGCAGCAGAGAGCCAGGCCUCUCCAGAGCUGGAGUGUCAGCUCCCCAGCAGCAGCUUGCCACCAAAACAGCCAAAUGUGAGUACAGAGACUGACAAGGCCAAACCAGACACACCUACUGGCAUUCAAGAAGUUAAACUGGAAAAGGCAGAAACCGAUCAGUGCUCAGAUCAAACUGAGCCAAAAACAGAAAAUCAAAGCACUGUUAAGGUGGAAGAAGAUAAGGUCUCAUCGCAGCCUCCCUCUUCAGCUCAGAGUCCAGCACAGCCAGCUGGAGUUCCAGCAGCCAAAGGGGAGUCAGGGAACGAGUUGCUCAAACACCUGCUUAAAAACAAAAAGUCCUCAUCUCUUCUGAACCAGAAAUCAGAGAGUAGCUGUCGAACAGAAGAAGAGGCUGCUGGAGAUAAGAAGUUAAUGGACAAGCAGAAUCCAGCUGAAGGAAUGCAAACUGCAGGAAACCAGAUGCAAGGUGCAUUUGGGUGUAGUAACAGCCAGCUUCAGAGAGCAGAUGUGGGACAUGAAACCAAGAAACAGAGAAAUAAGCGAACUCAGAGGACAGGAGAAAAGGCAGCUCCUCGGUCCAAGAAAAGGAAAAAAGAGGAGGAAGAAAAACAGGCUGUAUACCCCAAUGCUGAUACGUUCAUCCAUCUCAAACAACAGAACAACCUGAGCAAUCCCCCAACGCCCCCAGCAUCUCUUCCACCCACACCACCUCCUGUGGCAUGCCAGAAGUUGGUAAAUGGCUUUGCAACCACUGAAGAACUUGCUGGCAAGGCUGGUAUGUUGGGAGGCCAUGAUGUUACCAAAGCUCUGGGACCAAAGCAGUUCCAGUUACCUUUCAGACCACAAGAUGAUUUAUUAGCAAGAGCAAUGGCUCAGGGCCCUAAAACUGUGGAUGUUCCUGCUUCCCUUCCAACACCACCUCACAACAAUCAGGAGGAGUUAAGGGCUCAAGAUCACUGUGAGGACAGGGACACUCCUGACAGUUUUGUUCCAUCUUCCUCUCCUGAAAGUGUGGUGGGAAUGGAAAUAAGUAGGUAUCCAGAUUUGUCAGUUGUAAAGGAGGAGAACCCAGAACCUGUUCCAUCUCCCAUCAUUCCCAUCCUACCUAGCAGUACUGGAAAAGGUUCAGAAGCCAAAAGGAAUUACAUAAAGGCAGAACCUGGUUCAGGAGCAUUACCUGGUUCUGCCUUCUUUGCCUCUCAGCUUGGACCACCCCAGAAUGGUCCUAAAUCUGGCCUUAUUUCUGUAGCAAUUACCUUACAUCCCACAGCUGCUGAGAAUAUUAGCAACGUUGUAGCAGCAUUCUCCAAUUUGCUGCACGUCCGAAUUCCCAACAGCUACGAGGUCAGCAAUGCUCCAGAUGUCCCAUCCUCCAUGGCAGCAGUCAGCAGUCACAGGGUGAACCCAUCUGCAGAGUACCGGCAGCACUUACUGCUCCAGGGGCCUCAGGCAGCACCUAUGGGUCCUGCCAGGAUUGCAGGGUCUUAUGGACUGAAGCAGCCCAAUAUGCCAUUUGCUGCAAACAGCAAUGGUAUAGCUGGCUAUAAGGAUCACAGUCAGAACAUUGCAGAAAGCUCAGCACUGAGGCCUCGCUGGUGCUCUCAUUGCAAAGUAGUCGUUCUUGGCAGCGGUGUGCGGAAGUCCUUCAAAGACCUGCCUUUCCUGAAACAGGAUUCCCAAGACGGGUCUGAUAAAAUGAAGGACAUCGUAUUCUGUAGCAACAACUGCUUUGUUCUCUAUUCAGCAGCUGUGCAAGCAAAAAGCUCAGAGAACAAAGAGUCGGUUCCAUCUUUGCCCCAGUCACCAAUGAAGGAGAGGCCGCCUAAAGCAUUCCAUCAGUACAGCAACAACAUCUCCACUUUGGAUGUCCACUGUCUGCCUCAGUUGCAGGAAAAAGUGUCUCCGUCAUCUUCACCCCCAAUCAUUUUCCCCCCUGCAUUUGAAGCAGCCAAGGUAGAGGCGAAACCGGAUGAGCUUAAGGUAACAGUGAAACUCAAACCUAAAUUAAAAGCAAUACACAGUAGUCUUGAUGACUGUCGGCCUCCAAGUAAGAAAUGGAAAGGAAUGAAGUGGAAGAAGUGGAGCAUUCAGAUUGUGAUUCCUAAAGGAUCAUUCAAACCUCCUUGUGAAGAAGAAAUAGAUGAAUUUCUUAAGAAAUUGGGCACGACCCUUAAACCAGACCCAGUGCCUAAAGACUACAGAAAAUGUUGCUUCUGUCACGAGGAAGGCGAUGGGUUAACUGAUGGACCAGCAAGGCUUCUUAACCUGGAUUUAGACCUUUGGGUCCAUUUGAACUGUGCUCUUUGGUCUACAGAAGUCUACGAGACACAAGCUGGUGCCUUAAUAAACGUGGAACUAGCCCUGCGAAGAGGCUUGCAAAUGAAAUGCAUGUUCUGUCACAAAAUGGGUGCCACCAGCGGUUGUCACAGGUUAAGGUGCACCAAUAUUUAUCACUUUACCUGUGCCAUUAAAGCACAAUGCAUGUUUUUUAAAGACAAGACCAUGCUUUGCCCCAUGCACAAACCAAAGGGAACUCACGAGCAAGAACUCAGUUACUUUGCAGUCUUCAGGAGGGUCUACGUGCAGCGCGAUGAGGUGCGGCAGAUCGCUAGCAUAGUACAGCGCGGAGAACGCGACCACACUUUCCGGGUGGGGAGCCUGAUUUUCCACGCCGUGGGUCAGCUGCUCCCACAGCAGAUGCAGGCGUUUCACUCCUCCAAAGCUCUCUUCCCUGUGGGUUAUGAGGCCAGCAGGCUGUACUGGAGCAUGAGGUACGCCAACAGGCGCUGUCGCUAUCUCUGUUCCAUUGAGGAGAAGGAUGGGCUCCCGUUGUUUGUCAUCAAGGUUGUGGAGCAAGGCCACGAAGAUCUGGUUCUUACUGACACAACGCCAAAAGGUGUGUGGGAUAAAAUCCUGGAGCCCGUUGCUUCAGUUAGGAAGGAGUCAGAAAUGCUGCAGCUGUUCCCCAGCUAUCUGAAGGGCGAGGACCUCUUUGGUUUGACGGUGUCUGCGGUGGCGAGGAUCGCGGAGUCGCUCCCAGGGGUUGAGGCCUGUGAGAACUAUACUUUCCGCUAUGGCCGAAACCCCUUAAUGGAACUUCCUCUUGCCAUCAACCCCACGGGCUGUGCCCGUGCCGAGCCUAAAAUGAGUACCCAUGUCAAGAGGUUUGUGUUAAGGCCUCACACCUUGAAUAGCACCAGCACAUCGAAGUCAUUUCAGAGCACAGUCACAGGGGAGCUGAACGCGCCUUACAGUAAGCAGUUCGUCCAUUCCAAGUCCUCCCAGUACCGGAAAAUGAAAACAGAGUGGAAGUCCAAUGUGUACCUGGCUCGCUCUCGCAUUCAGGGCCUGGGCUUAUAUGCUGCUAGAGACAUUGAAAAGCACACUAUGGUCAUAGAGUACAUCGGAACUAUUAUCCGGAAUGAGGUAGCAAACAGGAAGGAGAAGCUUUAUGAAUCUCAGAACCGCGGGGUGUACAUGUUCCGCAUUGACAACGACCACGUCAUCGAUGCUACUCUGACAGGAGGUCCCGCAAGGUACAUCAACCACUCGUGUGCCCCCAACUGCGUGGCGGAGGUCGUCACUUUCGAGAGAGGACACAAAAUUAUCAUUAGCUCCAGCAGGAGAAUCCAGAAAGGGGAGGAGCUUUGCUAUGACUAUAAGUUUGAUUUUGAAGAUGACCAGCACAAGAUUCCAUGUCACUGUGGAGCUGUAAACUGCCGAAAAUGGAUGAACUAGAAUGCAUUCCUUGCUGUCUUUUGAGGGUUGCUU